AUGGAGACAGAAAGGAAAUCAAUCUUAUUCCAACACUCGGUCACAAUACUCGCAACCGAUCGGAGCCCAACACUGCUAUUGUGCACUGGCUCCCAAAGGAAUUCUCUACCAAUACUGCUGAGUUUCGCACUAAAACGCUUGCACCGUAUUUUGUCAACGCUUGUCGUGCUUCUGGCUUUGUUGUACGACUUAGGGGUUUCGGAAAAUCAAAAGAUAUUGCUGCCUUCAUUUGCCAACGCGGACGAUAUCACGAAUCCGCAAUUAGAGAAUCAAGUCAGGGUCAGCGUGUACCUACCACCCAGCUGCCUAUUAAGAAUGUUAAUGUUCGCUGUCCAUUCAAAUUCAAUGUAUAUUGGAGUGAAAGCAAUAAACGAUGGUUCCUGCCCCGUCAACAAUCAGGAAAUUCUCAACACAGUGGUCACAUGCAUCGUUCACCAGAAAUUAUCUCUACGUUGA